UCGGAUCGCAUCUAAAAAAUAAAAGAAAAAAAAAAUCAAAAAUUAGUUUCACGAAAUAUUUCAAGAUGAUUUUUCGGGCAACGAAACAUUUGACGUCCUCAACUGCUUUGGGAUUUUCCAAAUUUUUGCGUUUCAAGCAUUCGGGACGUGUCAUCGCAAUUAGACGUGAAGAUCAAUCCGUGUGGGAACGCAGAGCGCCUUUCAACCCCAACACUGUGCGUCAAUUCGUGAAGAACGAUGUCAAAGUUUUGGUCCAACCAUCGAAUCGGAGAGCAUAUCCCAUGCAAGCUUAUUUGAAUGCCGGAGCUGUCGUUACGGAGGACAUUAGUGAAGCAAGUGUCAUUUUUGGCGUGAAACAGGUCCAAAUUGCGGAUUUGAUUCCGGGAAAGACGUAUUGCUUCUUUUCGCAUACGAUCAAGGCGCAAGAGUCGAAUAUGCCGUUGUUGGAUGCUGUUAUCGAUAAGAACAUCCGCUUGAUCGAUUACGAAAAAAUGACCAACGAUCAAGGAACUCGCGUUGUAGCUUUCGGCAAAUACGCUGGAGUCUCCGGAAUGAUCAACAUUCUUCACGGCUUAGGUCUUCGUCUCUUGGCUUUGGGACAUCACACGCCUUUCAUGCACGUUGGACCAACUCACAAUUAUCGCAAUUCCUCAAUGGCACGUCAAGCUAUCCGCGAUUGUGGUUACGAAAUUUCAUUGGGAAUGAUGCCAAAAUCGAUCGGGCCAUUAACGUUCGUUUUUACGGGCACAGGAAAUGUCUCGCAAGGCGCUCAGGAGAUUUUCAACGAUCUCCCCGUGGAAUUCGUUCCUCCGAGUAAACUUAAAAAAGUCGCCGAACACGGAAGCACAAACAAAAUUUACGGUUGCGAAGUGUCUCGAUCGGAUCAUAUUGAGAGAAUUGACGGCGGAGGCUUCGAUCCGCAAGAAUAUGAGGAAUUUCCUGAACGUUACACGUCAACUUUCAGUCGAAAUAUCGCUCCGUAUGCCUCGGUGAUUGUCAAUGGGAUUUAUUGGGCUGUCGGAAGUCCGAAACUUUUGACAAUUCCCGAUGCCAAGACACUUUUGAGACCAAUUAAUGCGCCUUGGUUGCCCGCAAGUCGCGGAGCGCCCGUUUUACCGCAUCGCAUGUUGGCAAUUUGUGACAUCAGUGCUGAUCCGGGCGGUUCUAUUGAGUUUAUGAAUGAAUGUACGACAAUUGACACUCCGUUCUGCUUGUACGACGCCGAUCGCAAUAAGGAUACGAAGAGUUUCAAGGGUCCCGGAGUGUUAGUUUGCUCCAUUGACAACAUGCCAACGCAAUUGCCACGCGAAUCGACAGAUUUGUUCUCGGAAUUGUUGUAUCCGUAUGCCUAUGACAUCAUGCAAAGUGACGCUUCGAAGCCUUUGGAGUCGCAAAACUUCUCAAAAACUGUCAUGAAUGCCGUUAUCGCGAGUAAUGGAGCUUUGACACCCAAUUUCGCGUACAUUAACGACUUACGGGACUCCCAUUCACGCUCUCGUCACAAGGCGCCGGGCACUCAAGCAGAGAAACGCGUUUUGGUUUUGGGCGCUGGAAUGGUUUCCGCUCCUUUGGUCGAAUAUUUGCAUCGAGAUUCGCCGAGAGUUGCAAUCAAAGUUUGCUCUCAAGUGAAAGAAGAAGCAGAUCGCUUAGCUGAUCGUUAUUCAGGCGUUGAGUCAAAUUACUUGAAUGUCGAGCAAAAUCCAGAAGCUCUUGCUGAAAUGUGUGCCGAAAGUGACGUUGUCGUCUCACUUUUGCCUUAUAGUCUUCAUGGAAAGGUCGCUAAACACUGCAUUGAAGGAAAAACGCAUUUAGUUACUGCUAGUUAUGUCACCGAUGAAGUUCAAGCCUUGCAUAAUGAUGCAUUGAAGAACGACGUUACCUUAUUCAACGAAGUCGGUUUGGAUCCCGGAAUCGAUCAUUUGCUCGCCAUGGAAGCCAUUGACGACAUUCACGACAAAGGAGGCGUUAUCGAGUCUUUUGUCAGUUUUUGCGGCGGUUUGCCAGCUCCCGAGCAUUCCGACAAUCCUCUUCGUUACAAAUUCUCGUGGUCUCCGCGCGGAGCAAUCAUCAAUACUCUCUCAUCCGCUCGUUAUUUGUCAAAAGGACAAAUUGUCGAGAUUCAAGGAGGCGGCGAUUUGAUGUCAGCUCCCAGAUCUUUAGAUUUCUUGCCUGGAUUCUCCCUCGAGGGCUUCCCAAAUCGCGACAGCUUGAAAUACCAAAAGUUGUACAACAUGGGACCUCAUUUGCAUACUCUCGUUCGCGGAACAAUUCGUUUCAAGGGCUUUACCGAAUGUAUUAAGACGUUGCAGUUGAUUGGUUUGAUCGAUCCCGAGCCUCAUCCAAUGUUGCAUCCACAGGGACCUGAAAUUACUUGGCGUCAAGUUAUCAUAAAUCUCCUUGGACUCGUCGAUAACGACAUUUUCAUCGACAAUUUGAAACAAAUUAUCAUGGAUCGCGAUGGAAAUCCCGAUUAUUUGGAGGAAUUAGGACUUCUCGAGAACACUCCGGUUGUGAAACAAGAAACCCCAAUUGAUACAUUGUGCGGAUUUUUAGCUAAAAAAUUGGCAAUUAAGCCCGAUGAGCGUGAUUUGAUCAUUUUGCGUCAUGAUUUCGGCAUUGCAUGGCAAGAUGGACGCAAGGAAGAACGCGGAAUUAAUCUCGUCGUUUAUGGGCAACCAGCAGCGCAAAAUGGACACUCCGCUAUGGCAGUUACCGUUGGAUUCCCCGCCGCAAUUGCCACAAAGAUGAUUUUGGAUGGCGAAAUUCAGCAACGCGGUGUCGUCUUGCCAUUCGCACAAGACAUUUAUCGCCCGAUGUUGUCGCGAUUGAGACAGGAAGGUAUUAUUUCAACGGAAACCUCGAAAUUUGUUUAAAUUUUUUUUUUUAUGUAAAUUGUAAGCUUGUAAAUUUAAAGAAAAUAAAAAUAAUAUAAAUUCACGCCGUCA